AUGGCCAGUACAAGCUUGACGUCGGCCUUUCUGACGCCGGAUCCGAGCUUCAAUUGGUUCUUCUUGCUUGAACUGAUUGUGUCUUGCAUUCUUGUGUUGUUCUUCCUGCUCUACUUCAACCGGCUCUUCGCGACUCUCCUUUCCUACGCCAUUCGAGCAUACACCUGGCACUACUACCGAGCAUAUGUCGACAUCAACGCGCUUCAAAUCUCUUUACUCGGCGGUCGAAUUUUCUUCAAGGGCAUUCGAUACCACGGUGUGAACGAGACAAUCUUUAUCCAUGGAGGAUUCAUAACUUGGCGUUAUUGGACGCGCACGGUGGAGCGAAACGAUUUGACGGGAAUUCGACGCAAAACUGGCCUUCAUAAUGCCACAGGAAAGGGACAUGGAUGCUCCGCGCCAGAUGGGGUUGAAGAUGACAGUCUUGGAGAGCAAGGUGGCAGAGGAAAGACAACCGAGCUACCCUGUCGGAUAACAAUCAAAGCCUACGGUCUUGAGUGGUUUGUCUACAAUCGGACUCCGGCAUAUGAGAGUAUUCUCGCUGGAUUUGGUUACUCGCCCAAGAAUGUUGACCUGAACAAUCAUUCAGCACCCCCAGGAUCUCGCGCGACGGCGGAAGACCGAAGCACCGGAAAUGGUUUUGAUUUCCAACAGGCGCCUGAUCACGAAUCUACCUUGAAAUCUAUGUCGGAGCGCAGCAUGGGUGAGAGGGAAGGGAGCUCUCAGAGGACAGCUAUGCGCGAGUCAGAACUAUCGGACCAAGUGUCCAACAUGCUUCAACUCUUGCCAGUCAAGCUGGAUUGCAAGAAGGGUGCCAUCGUACUUGGUAACGAACAUACUCGCUCUGUUUUGACCACGACGUUCGACGCUGCAACGGGUACCAUUGAUGCUUGCAAUUCGGGUCCGCUUGAUCUAUACCGGCAACUAUUUUCAUUUAAGCUUAACCACCCUGUGGUUCAGAUGCGGCCGAACCCCGAUUUCAAACAAAACCAAUCUGCAACUGCAAAAGCUGUAGGUGCUGUGCAUGAGGAUGAGCCCAAAUCAAAGAAGAAACGACAAAACAUCUUCAACUAUCAAUUCCAAAGGCGCAAGGUGUGGCACAGCAUCCGUGACCUUGUUCCUUAUUUCCAAACUUCUGUCGAAUCGUUCCAUGCCAACAGCAGAAAUGCUGACAGCAUGCCAAGAAGCCAGGCGGAGUUCCCUGAAGUUCGUUGGACUGGUCUUUCGCGGUAUCUGGACGAAGCCGAUGAAGACGAUCACGAGAAAUGGAGCUCGGUGGAAUAUGCCCGAUUUUCCACCAUUUUGGACAGCUCUAGUCUGACUAUAACGUACUUUUGGGAUAUUCCUGGGCGAGUCAGCCAUCAACGCCCAACGUCCGUUGAACAUUCACAUCCAGAUCCAGUGCAGGGAAAUAUCAACUCGGCCUUUCCUCCUGAAUGGGGAAUUGAUAUUAAGAUUGAUGGAGGCACUCUGAACUACGGCCCAUGGGCUGACAGAGAGCGGGUUGGCUUGCAAAAUGUCUUCUUCCCGAACUUUUACCGCAGCGCCGAACCGGCAGAGCAAUUGGCACCUGGUGUUCUGCGGCAAAGCACAUGCUUCAUUUUGCGCAUUGAAAUCAACGAAGAGUUGACCCUGCGAAUCCCUACUCGAGAGCAGUCCAAGGAUUGGCAAUGGAAGGGUCGUGCUGAUGCCAUUGGAGGUGCGUCAAGGAUUAAGAAGCCAAAUGAUAGAAAGAAACCACGAGCAAAGGAGGGCGAAAAGGGUCACAUUGGACCUGAAAUUCGCCCGUUUGGGUGGCUUUCCCUCUCCGUUGCUGCCGAUUCUACUAUCAAAUACACCAUGGAUAUGGUGGCCUCAAGCCUAGGAUUUCGGAAUGAACUGUCUCUUGACUUUCGAGAGUCAAAACUUUCAUCCAGUAUCAACCAUGGCUUGCUUUGGCAAUGUCCCCGACAGUUGGUCACCUGUGAUCUAUCCAACCCACUUUCCUGGAACAGCCUCCGCUCUUGGAAGUUCACCGUUGAGAGCCAGGAUCUGCAGCUCUUUCUUCUCCGUGACCACAUUUUCCUUCUUACGGAUCUCGUGAGCGAUUGGGCAUCGGGUCCUCCUUCGGAUUACUACGCAUUUGUUCCUUUCAUCUACAACCUCGAUCUCAAUUUUACUGGCUUCCAGCUUUACAUCAACGUGAAUGACCGAAACAUCAUCAGCAAUCCUUCAGAUCUGGAAGAUAAUCGAUUCAUUGUCAUCAAGGGCAAACGUCUGACGUCCAGUGUCAUGAUACCAUUGAACAAGUACCAACCCGAGCAAACUGCAAUUGAGUUCAGGGUCAACCUCGAAGACGGUGGUGUGGACUACGUGACUCCCUUAUGGGACACUUUACACGAGUUUCUACCCCAAAGGUCUAUGGCUACCCUUCAAAGCCUGUUCAUUGACGGCUCCUACAACUACUUCUCGUCGACUUCACACGAAUUGACUGACACCUUGGUGCUCAACCUCGACGGAAAGUCACCUCGGCUGUAUCUUUUUGGAUUUUUGAUCAAGAGCUUCAUGACAAUCAGAGAGAAUUACUUUGGCGAAGAAAUGCAUUUCAAGACAUUGGAAGAAUACCAAGAGCUGAUCUACGCCGAUGAAACUCCAUCGAAUCCCACAGGAAUUAAUCCAAACCGAAAGUCAAAUGAUAUGGACAUCCUCGUUCGUGUCAUAGUCCACAGCCCAUGUGCUUUGCUUCCUGUGAACAUCUAUGACACUUCAAAAUGCACUGGACUUAGCGCAGCGUCCCUUGAGGUCGAUCUACGAUUCACAAAUUACUACAUGGAUUUGCAAUUUUCUAUCAGUCCGCUGAAACUUGAUUUGCAUUCCAUACAUUCCGAUGACUCUUCGACCGUUUCUGGCACUCAACUAUUUAUCGAUGGUGUCUCGGUCUAUGGCCACCGUUUGUUUGGUUUGCCGCCCCUUGAACCAACCUACGUCUGUAAUUGGGAUUUUGACGUUGGUAAAAUCGUUGGAGAAUGCUCUACGGAAUUCCUGGCUUGCCUGGGAUCGUCAUUGAAGAGCUUCGAUUUCUCUUUUGAUAACGAGGAGAAUGCUUUGCCAACACUGUUUCCCGAAGUUCUCUACGAUGUGACCUUCUUGAGAGCUAAGAUUGAUGCAAUCCACAUUUCCGUACUGCUGGAUCAAGUAGCUGUCAUUCUGAGCACACAGCCACUGAAUGUGAAUUUCAAUGAUUUGGCGAACACCAAGUUUUCGAAACGCCUGAAUCUCCUCGUCCCAGAUAUCUCAAUUGCCGCCAUCGAUCGUGGCCAUGCCACUCAAUCUAAUGUAUCGACAAGAGCAACAGUGGCUCCCAUAGGUCUUCUUCAAACGACUAUCGGAUUGAAUAUGGCAUUGCGCAAAUCUGAUAUUGCAGAACGUCGACGGCUUCAGCAAGAACAUAUAAAAAUUCAUGACCAACGAACUCACAGAGCGCAAUGGCUACUUUCUGAUUGGGAAGAGACUGGCCCGGCCUCAACCAUUCCUGACGACGACGUGUUCCCUCCAACAAUGGCUAUACCUUCCAUGCCCGAGCCUAUUCAUAAUAGGGCUCGCUCGCUCAAUGCGCCGUCCUACCUGGGAGUUUCAGGAUCCGGUCCUAAUAAAAGUGCCAAGAGUUUCCUUGUUGAGUCAGAAGUAUCAAGCCUCAACAGUGUCAGAAUGCACACCGUACAUAGCCUCGGAGCAGCUUCAGAUCCGGACUCUAACCCACGACCUUUUCCGCCUGCACGGGAAGCGAGCUGGGCCUCACAUACCAGCCGAUCAAGAGAGGGAACACAGCCUGGUACCCGGGGAACUACAAUUUCCUCCUCUGCUGCAAGAGAUGCGAACCCGUGGAUCAUGCCGCACUUCUCAUACCACAAAAUUCAGUUGGAUACAUCGGAGCUUCCUUUGCCGUUCGUGAAUGACGAUAAUACCUCAACGAUUGACGACCCUGCUGUAAAUCCAAAGUCCGUGUUCCUCAGUUUUGAUGAUGAUAAAACGACAUACACCAACCUCGCAUGCGACCUCCCGCUUGGUGUCCGAGGCUUUUGCACACCGGAGUUCCUUCUGAGUCUAGCUGCCUUGCUGGAUGGGUUGGAACCAAAACACCCUGUUAGAAUUAUUGACUCUCUUCAGAAAGACGUGAUAUCAGACAUUGUUGGCUAUGACAAAGCUAUGAAUCAACCGAAGAACUCCACAGCUGUUUCCCUACGUGUUCCUGCCAUACAACUGCGCCUUGUGGAUCUAUCGGAGUCUCCCAACAACAAGAAUAUUGAGUUCCGAGAUGAGUAUAGCAUCGAGCUUCGUCAUCUGCGGACUGAGCUCAGGAAAAACGUGCACCGUCAAAAGGGAGAUUUGCUUGAAGGCCUUAAGCAAGAUGUCACUGUCCAUGCAGCGGCUGAUCACCUCUCGAUUGCCGUCGAGGGCAGUCGAGCGGAUGCUUUUCAUGAGAAAGCUGAAUUCAGUUCCCACUUAGAAUACCUGAACUUUUGGUUGGUGACUACGCCCGAUGUUCGCUCUAACCUCCAGAUGCGAACAUUCAAUACAAUCACAUCAGCGAAGUCCGUGGAGCGUUUAGCGUUCCUCGUUCGUCGAGCCACAACGAUGUUUGAUUCUGUUGCCUCCUCUUUCCAGCAAGUUUCAACAUCCAGCAAAAUCCGUCUACAAUACCUCAUCUAUUCUCUGACUCAAUCGGCCGUUGGCAUACCGGACCCCAUCUUUCUCGCUCGCAUCUCCUACGUUCUCAGAGUUGCUUCGACGCAUUUGCGACAGCAUGACUCGUGGAAAAUUAUUUCUCGUAUCCGCAACAUCUACAAACGCUUGCCUAUUAAUCGCAAGCGUGAAUUGGAGCAGAAUUUCUCGAGUGGCAACGUUUCUUUGCCAGCGAAUGCCAAGUCAACAGUUUUAUCUGGCUUCGAUCACUGGCGAGCUUGGGAUCUGGCCCACGUUGCGAAAAGCUAUGUCAUGCGCCGGGUCUGGCCACACUGUGAACCUCAACGAGAAGCCGCGGAGCCUUUAAUGUUCCUCUCAUCCACAAUCAAGACCUUCAGAUUUUCUAUGGACCCUGGCCCAAGAGAAAGCGAUUUCAUCAUCGAGAACCUGUCAACCCUCGCGUCCCUCGUUCCGGAUAAGGUUGUUCGCGAGGGCAACGAGGAGAGACACAAGAAAAUCAUCACUUUACAGUCUUACUGUGGCUCUGCGGCUCUGAGGCUGCGAUGGGAGAUAUUAGAUCUUGUUGAGGGUGUGAUCAAGGUGAUGUCAAAUAUCACACUCGAGUCUGCACAGGCUCAUAAACCCUGUGACUCCCCUCGAGAUGAGAAACCGACCGAACUUCAACUCAUGUUCGGCACUGAUUUCGGAUCCGUUACACUCGACGGCAUUAAUGUUAAGCUCGCUUUGAUAUCCAAAGCACUCCGAGGGUCAAUCGUCCAUAGGUCUCAUGGUGUAGUCCAGACAAAGCAAGAAGAUCUCACCCUGCUGUUCAGUGCUGAAGCAUGCUCUUCCGAGCUCCAAAGUCAGUCCACAACUUUGAUGCUGUCAGGAAUCGCCGAUCCCUACAUGUACUUUUCUCUCACCUCGGAAGAAAACGAAACCGAGUGCAAACGAGGCUGGAAGGUCGCUGCCUCCUGCAGGAAACUUCGAUAUGACAUGAAAGAAGAUCCACUCAGCCUAGUACACACAGCAGAUAGACUUAUCGCCGACGAAGUCAGGUACAUCCGACAAUUAAUGAAUAGCGUCAAACUCCCGAACAAGUCGCAACCCGACGAGAUUUUGGUGCCAAACAAGCCAGUUCAUGAUACCUUCCAUGUGGCACUGUUCUUGGAAGAUUACCGAUUGAACUUUAGUCUGCUGCCAUCCUUGGCUUACCUUGUUUCAGGCGACGUUGCUCGUAUGUCGGUGAUGCCCACAGAAGCCUCAAAGGUUGAGGUUGACUUCGAUGUGAAAAAGAACACUCAUAUGUUCUUGUCAGGUGAAGGGGACAGAUUCUAUGCUCUGUCGAUUAUGGAAAUUCCUCCAGUCAACGGCCGAGUGCUUGCAAACCUCUUGUCUGGCCGUAAGGAAGUGGAGGUUGAUGUCACCAUUGAACUUAUUCGCCUGGAAGCCAGCGCCGUGCGCAGUCUCUUGGCUGUCUUGACAGGACCGGAUGUUUCCCACUUGAUCUCGGAUCUCAAGCAGAAUGUGGACGUUCUCCAAUCACACUUGGAAGAUGUACUUGCGUUGCAGAAGUCAUCACCAGAGCCCGAGCCCAAGCCAGUGUCCGAUGGCCAAGAGGUCCUUUACAAGUGUCGUCUCACAUUGGCUGGAUUUGAGAUCCAUGCUUCUGCACCUGGCCUGAAUAGCAAGGAGUACUCUGCGGAAAUGAUCUUCAGCCUUGGUAUGAUGCGGAUGCGACUCCAAAACGGCCUAGACAGAGGCUACGCCAUGGAGUAUCCUGAAUUCAACAUUGACGCAUCUCAAAUAAACUUUGAACUACGCAGACAGGAGAAGUCUAAGAGCCUCCCGUAUGGUGGCUUCUCUGCUGGAGUGAAACUGCAGGGAACAUCCGCAGUCCGCGAAAAUGGUGAAGUCACAAGAUCCUACCACUUUACUAGUGACCGAUUCGAUAUCGAACUAUUUGCUGAGACAGCAGCCCUCGUUGUCGACAUUGCCGUCUAUACCCAAGAGCGCAUUAAGACGCUAGACCUUUCCCAUGAAGUCAAGCGUCUUAGGAAACUGAGACAUCGUGGUCACGACACGAAAGAUGGGAGUGCUGUUGCCCCCGAGAUCCAUGUCAACGAUGAUUCCACCCCGGAGACCUUCCUCAAUUCUCUUUACUCCCUUCAAUUCCAGCAUAUUCAGGUUGCUUGGAACAUGGCAACGACGUACAGCAAAUCCGGCCGAAACCCAGAGGACUUGGUCUUCUCAAUCCAGCAAGUUGAAUUGUCGAACAAGAAGAAGAAUGCAGCCAAACUUCGGAUUGAAAACAUGCAACUUCAGAUGGUCCCAUAUGGAGCAGACAGGGGAAAGCGGUCGCUCAAUUCUGCGCUUAUGCCCGAACUAGUUUUCAACGUGGCGUACUCAUCCAAAGGAAAAGAGUUGUGGCUUGCUUUCCAGGCAGCUGGUAAAUCCCUUGAUAUCCGUGCGACAUCGGAGUUUAUCAUCCCGGCCAGCAUGUUGCGAGACUCGAUUGCUACAGCAAGCGAGGCACUUCGGGAAGGGAAGACUGUCUGGGCAGCCAGAGCAUCGUCCCCCGACAACAACGAUACCAACAAAGACCGCAACCUUUUCGGCAAGAGAAGAUUGCGGUCUCUUCUCAUUGAUGUUGACUUUGCCGGUGCUACUGUUACACUUCAAGGCAAGCUUGGCCAUGAUCACCAAACAUUGCUCGCGGCCACAUGGAAAGGCAGCCGGCUCUCCGAUGCGAAAUAUGGCCAAUAUGUCCAAGGUGAUACGGCAACCACUGCAACACUCCAGGCGCCCGGAGUGGCUCUGAAGGUUCAAUUUGAGGAUAAUGGUACCGAUGAUCCAGUACUCAAUGCUGAGUUAAAGGUUGACCCCUCUACAAACACAUUAUAUCCUACUCUUGUCCCCUUAGUCAAACAAAUGACUGCCACGGUGAAGGAGAUUAUGGGAGACCAGCAGUGUCAGCAGAGCCAGCCUCGUAGGGCAUCUACAACCGCGAAGUUGCAGCCACAGAAGUUGAUGCAAGAUGCACCAUUCGAUGCUGAGGACCCAACCAGCAUUCUUGGCCGAUGCAGGGUGAAUCUAGGAUUACUAUUCUGCAAGCAGGAGUUCAGUUUGAGUUGUCAACCCAUCGCAAGGGUAGCAGCCACCGCACGGUUUGAGAGUGUCUACGUGACCGUUAAUACGGUCCUGUCAGAAGAGCAGGGUCGAUUCCUUGCUCUGUCGUUGGCAUUCAAUAGCCUGUCCGCUUCUGUGAAACAUGUCUACUCCAAUGAAUCAACGGCAAGCUUUGAAGUCAAGUCAAUGGUGUUGUCGUUGAUGAACAGCAAGCAUCUUGGCCGGAUGAGCGGAAUGUCAGCUAUCUUGCGAGUGAGCCCAAUGAAGGUCGCGGUCAACGCCAAACAGGUCCAUGAUUCUCUCCUCUUCCAAGAGAUCUGGCUUCCGUCCAAUGAUGAACCUGCCUCAAAUCCAACUCCCCAGCCGGAGUCGUCCGAAGCGCAGCCUUACAUCGUGCAGCGAUAUCAGCAGGUUGCUUCGGCAUCGGCAUUCCCCUGGAACACCACCAUCGCGAUUGAAAAGGUCGAAAUCCAACUGGACCUUGGCUCGACUUUGGGCAAGGCACAGUUCGGUAUCAAGGACCUGUGGGUGUCUACUAGCAAGACAUCUGACAAUGAGCAGAACAUGUGUGUCAAUUUCGGCUCUGUUGCGAUCGAGAGCAAGGGCCGCAUGAGUGGAGUUGUCGAACUCGGAAACCUUAAAGUACAUACCUCAAUCGAAUGGCCUGAAGUAUCUGGAGAACCUGGACAAACACCGUUGAUCCAAGCUUCGCUUGCCUUCCGUCACCUCCAAGCGAAGGUCUCCUUCGACUACCAGCCCUUCCUGGUGGCCCACAUUGCCAGGUUCAACUUCUUGAUGUACAACGUCCGAGAUACAUCCGGCGAACAGAGCCAACGCCUUUUCAGUAUUCUGGAAGGAGACAAACUCCAACUGUUCUGCACGUCUCUAACGGCAUCACAAGCCCUAGCUCUCUUCCAAGCCUGGCAACGCUUAAUCCAAGACGUCCAAGCAGCCUACAAAGCAUCCCUACGCGACGUGGAACGUUACCUCCGCCGAAAAUCAUCCGUUCUAACCGAACGCCCGGAUAUCGGCGCCAAGGACCUAGCAAAGCAACCCGACGACCAGCCAGAGAAAGCACCAAUAUCCCUACACACGGGCGUGGUAGUCAACAUCCGCCACGUCAACGUCGGAGCCUUCCCGAGCACCUUCUUCGACAACCAAAUCUUCAAGGUAGAAGCCUACGACGCCGAAGCCCGAUUUGCCGUUUCCCUCGAAGCAGGCAAGAUCCACAGUGCCCUAGGCUUAACACUAGGCCAACUUCGCGUCGCCCUAUCCGGUAUCACACGACCAACUUCCGCACAGCUAGACGAACUCUCUGUCGACGAAAUCGCCGAACGAGCCGCCGCCUCUCGAGGCGGAACAAUCCUCAAAGUACCCCGUCUCGUCGCCAGCAUGGAAACCUGGCAAGCACCCGGAACCCACGAGAUUGAAUACAUCUUCCGCAGCACAUUCGAAGGCAAAGUCGAUGUUGGCUGGAAUUACUCUCGCAUCAGUUUUAUCCGGGAUAUGUGGGAAACGCAUUCGCGCGCGCUCGCUUCAAGACUUGGGAAGCCACUGCCUCCCUCUGCUGUGCGCAUUACUGGUGGGCCUGGUAGCAGUGCCGAGGGCGGUGGUGCUAGCUCUGAGCAGCAGGAGAAGAUCACAGCUGUUGUUAAUGUGCCGCAGUCCAAGUAUACUUAUACUGCGCUUGAGCCGCCUGUUAUUGAGACGCCGCAGUUAAGGGAUAUGGGUGAGGCUACGCCGCCUUUGGAGUGGAUUGGGUUGCAGAGGGAUAAGCUGCCGAAUGUUACGCAUCAGAUUAUCAUUGUUACUUUGUUGGAGAUUGCGAAGGAGGUUGAGGAUGCUUAUGGGAAGAUUCUGGGGGCUUGA